CCCCCCGUCAUUCUGUCCUCCCCGUCAUGUUACUUUUCUUCUCACUCACCUAUUCCACGCCCUACGUUCCUCGUACGAAAAACCCGCUUAUCGGUCGCGCUCGUGGCCUGCAAACGUAAAAGUGAAAACGUGCGUCACGAUAAGCACUUGGCGAGAUACAACGAUAUAGCGCAGCAAGUGGGAUUAGUUAACGAAUCCUCGGUUUAUCGAGACAGUGUCUUAGAGGGAUUCGUGGGAAUUUGAUGACAGUACACUUUAUAGGAUAGGUAAAAAUAAUUUUUCGUACGUCGGUGGAUAUGUGCGUAUCAAAGUUUACGUAGGUAGGGGCUGGAUGGAUUUUUUAAAUGGGAUUUUGGAAAUAUUUUUUUUUUUUUUAGGGAAUUUAUGACUUUUAUUCUUUAUUAAUAAAAAUCCUGUGAAAUUGUGCGGUAUUCAGUUUUUGGUGAAAUUUAUUGCUCGAUUAGUUGGAUUACAGUGAAUAAAGAAAGUGCGAAGUUCUCUGUGACACUGGAUUCAUCGAGAGACCGGAAGUUGGUGGUGUUACUCAUUUCCGGGUGUGAGUGUGGGUACUGGUCGAAUGGAGUUAACGAUGGGUGCGGCGAUUUAAAUUCUUGGGGUGCCAGUCAGGUGUUGGGGCUGAGCGGGACAGCGAGUGAAUAUCUAAGUCAGUCUUCUUGGGUUUCUGGGACGUCGCGACGUCAUGACGCUCAAGAAAGAGAAUAAGAAGAGCCCAAAGAAAGUGAGCAAGCCUUUGAAAAUCAACGGCGGCCAUGUUGCUCCUCACGUGUCCAUUGAGGAAGCCUUCAAAGUGCAAGGGACCAUCAAGGUGCAGCCAAGUCGGACGACUUGGGAACCGAAAUCCGUCAAAGUGACGUCCGUCUCAGGUGUCCCUGGCGUUGGUCAGGCCAGAACUGAACAGAGUUCGAAAUUCGACCGCAAGCCCUCGCUGCGUCGCAAGUUUGGCGCGUUGAUAAGAGGGAGUGCUGACUUACCGGCCGCGAUAAACCGCGGCCUAAAACCCAUAAGGAGAAGCUUGAGCUUUAGCAAAGACCUGAACCGCGUUUACGAGACGGCUCCCUACAGGACACGUAGUGCACAGUGGUACAACAGUCUUGGAUCCUUGGCUGAGGAUGAUCCCGUGCAGGAUGUGCCGGAAGACAAUGCCAGCGUCUUCGAGGAAGAUGUCUUCGGUACGCGUAUCACCAGGAGUUACAGUCUUGUGGAAAAAAAUCUUGCUCACAGCCCUAGGAGGAGGACGCACGCGCACAACGAUCAGACAGCACCUUACGGGAGACACAGCGAUCAUUAUGAUUCUAGCAUAGACCUGAGCAAUCCACCCUGCGAGGCUAUCAGCCUUCCUGCUUUGAGUCGUGUUGCCAUCGACGAGGAUGACAACCGAUCGAUUCGAUUUCAUGACGAGGAACAAAAAGUCAGGAACGGAUGGGGGCACCUGAGGGGUAGUGCCCGGAACCUCUCGUUUCUUCAUUUGGGCACUUACGGUUCCAGGCAGCACAACAAUUACUCGGUGCGUUCCAGGUCUCUGACCCAAUUGGACGCCCUGGGCACGAGUAUGCUGGACACUGGUGAACAUCAUCUAAGAGGUGGACCUUCGUCUCAGCAGCCACCCCAUCAUCAUCAUCAUCAACAUCAUCCCCAUCAGCAUCCCCAUACUGGAACAGAAUGCAGUCCUCGACUUCUGGUACCAAAUGCACCCUCGUCCUCAUUGUCAGACGGAGUUCACCCCAACCGCACCAGACACAAGCUUUCUCGUUCCCAAGUGUCCAGCAGCGAAUACUUCAGUGUCAGUUUCGAAGUGGGCGACGAUGGCAAUGCCCUGGAACGCGAAGAAUUUCUACCAGCGAGCAAGGGGACAUACUUAGUAGAAGCACUCGGCGGCGUCUGCGAGCGUCGCGGCGUCGAUCUGGGACGCGUCGACGUCUUCUUGGAUUCGUUAACGACCCCAUUGUCGAUUUACACUACGGAGACUUCCUGUCUUGGGGGGAAGCAUCUUCGUGUUAUUGCCAAGGACGAGAAGGUGAAUUCAAGAUCGGCCAGUCAAAAAAGUAACCAGAAUGUUUCUCUGCGAAAGGCUAGUGGGAGCUAUCGAGGCCGAAGCGGACGCUUCUUCAGCGUCUCCACAGAGGACUCUAGUGUCGACUCGGAAAUUGGAACCGGACCGGCGAUUGCUUCCGGUAAGAGUUCUGCUGGGGCUGCAGGACUCAAAGCCAGUAAGCAGCGCUGGAGCGGAUUCUUUACGAACACAAAAGGCACAAAGAUGGAGUCGCUGGUAGAGCAGCUUGAAAUAUAUACAAAGCACGGGGUCCCCUUAAUGCCUGAUAUGCAGCUACCCUACGACUUGGGAGUGAACGAGGACGCUCUGUACAGCAUAGAAGACGAUUGGCGCGACAUCGUUGAUAAUUCAGAUCAUCUCUCGGAGAAACAACAACAACAGCAAACAGCACUGUGGGAAUUGGCGCAGACCGAAGUAGCCUACAUAAGAACGCUUAAGGUCGUGACAGACCUCUUUAUGGCUUGUCUGUGUAGUCUGCAAGCCUCGAAUAUCCUGAACGAGGUCGACCGUACUAAACUCUUCAGUAACAUACCAGCAAUCUAUGCGGCUAAUCGGUAUUUCUGGAGCGAGCAUCUACUGGGCAUGUUGAACGCUGCUAGGAAUACACGACAGCCACUUGAUCCUGGUCAUCUUCUUCAUGGGUUUGAAACAUUUGAACAGACCUUUGCUCCCUAUACCAGAUACUGUGCUGAGCAGAGUAGGUGUCAGCAGUAUUGCAGGGAUCGUUUGAACGACAACGAACUUUUCACGGCUUACCUGGUGUGGUGCGAGACGCAGAAGGACUGCAAUCGCCUGAGACUCCUGGAUAUCCUGGUGAAGCCUAUGCAAAGACUCACCAAGUACUCACUGUUGUUAAAGGCUGUACACAAGAACACCGAGAACGAAGAGCAGCGUGCAGAAUUGAUGCUGAUGAUAAAGUCAGUGGACAAUUUUGUGGCAUCUGUGAACGCGGCCUUAAGGCGAAGCGAGGAAACUGCGCGAUUGGCCAGCGCAGCUUCCCGCUUGGAAAGCUACGACGUGGUUGAGUCUCGGGAUGAGGAGCUGGAGAAGCUCGUUAGGGUUCACAGCAGCUUGGACAUUACCAAUGCGCCGAUGCCAGGAUGUCCCAAGGAGUCCUUGAGGACGCUUCUGCGCGAGGGUGACCUUAAGCUACGGGACGCUGCUACCAGCAAGAAGGCUCGUUUCCAGACAGAGGUGCACGUACUCCUCCUGACGGAUAUGCUGCUCAUCUGCAAGCCCUCGACCAAGAAAGCGUCAUCGAGCAGCGCCACCGGAAGUGGCGGAGGUGGAUUAAAGGUUAUACGUCAACCUUACGUCGUUGAUCGUAUCCGAGUUCAUGAACUUAAAGAACCAUCCAGUCUUGGGUUGGUCUAUCUUAAUGAGUAUGGAGCAGCGUCAGCUGCCCUGAUUCUCAGUGCUGGGGAACCAAAACUGGCUAAGUCCUGGAUGGAAUCUUUGAGGAAGGCUCAGCAACAAUUUGCUCUGAUGAAGGUACCCCCAUUGGGUGGUGGUUUGAACCUGGGACUGGUCAGUAGACAAGCCAGCACGUACUUGGGUGAUGGAGAUUUUGAGACGGAUGAGUGUGAAGGGAUGCCCAGGACUCCACGUGGAAGUAGCAGAGCUUCUCGUGUUAGCAGCCUGGCGCAUAGUCAUAGCAUUUGCAUUUGCAGUGGAAGCAUGGAGAUGGAAGGUGUCUCGCCAGGAAGUAGCAGUUACGUACCAAGCUACAAUCAAAGUAGAAACGUGAGCGUGGAGACCAGCGAACCACCCCGUGCAUCUAGCGUUUCCUCAGAGGAGGGUGCUGAUAUAGCAGCAGGUCAUAACCACAGACCGCUGCAAGUCAGGAGAUCCUUGCUGUGCAAAUCACCAACACCGAACACUCUGAGUGUUCAAGUACCAGCCUACUCGUCUCUAGGUCAGUCUCUACCUAACCUGACCCUGGCGACGUCACCACAGACGUCAACUGUUUCACCAACACCGCCAAACUCUCUUCUGAUCGUGCCGCAGAUCACGAAGAGCAAGGACACUCUACUGUCACCAGGACAUCGAGGUAUAUCAUAUCCGCCGCCGUCGCCACCUAGGGGGGCUCUGAGGAGGGCUUUCGCAGUGCCCCAAUCACGUAAUCCACCGUUGAUUAAAACACGUCACGUAAACGCGUCGGUAACACAAACUAUACAAACGGCAGUCAGCCUGGAUACGGAAGCCAUCGAGGAAAGACGAAGGAGAUUGGAAUCCUCGCAGAGGAUGCCGUCGACCAGUAGCAUCGCCGAGGAGAAGAAAUGAAUAGAAGAGUACCAAGUGGCGCAGACUUUUGAACCUUUGAGAGGAUGAGAGGCUCCUAUCCCCCGAGCACGACGAGGGUGUUCAAAAAAAAGAGAAUAUAAAAUACCAAGAUGGUAUAGCACGUGUCUAUUACGUGCUUAGAGUUUUCAUGACGUCAGUUCGCCAUCUGUGCGUGAGUGCUGCACACAUUUACACACAGAGGAGGCAAGAAACAUUAUAAAACGUCAAAAAAUUGUCUUGAUACUGUUUAAGCAUACAAAAAAAAACGACAAAGCAAUUCCACAAUCGAUUGGGGCCAUUCGAAAUCAACGUGAACUUUGUAACACGACCAUAUAUAUAUACAUAUAUCUCUCGUUGGCGUAUAGCGAUAUCUUUUUCUAAGGUAACAAAAGAGACGGAUCACGUGCCGUCCUGUAGAUAAAAAUUAAGCGACGAACAAAAAGGGCCUACGUAGAUUAAUUAAAUAAUUAGUCAAGAAGUCGAGUUUAAUUAGCAACUAUUAGAGUAACUAAGUUUCUAGAACAAACAAGCGUGAUUUAAUAGAGAGGUGAACGAGAGAAAAAGCAAAAUAGAAUUUAAACAAAAAUUUAAGGAAGAUUGAAGGAAAGUGAUGACAAGAGGAUCACUGUAGAUAAUAAUGCUAAUUCGCGUACGCCUAAUUAAUACUGUUAUUUCGACCGGUCGGCUUUGAUACUCUGUCCAGUCAAAACGAAAGUCGUUCAGGAUUUACUAUAAGUACAAAUUUGUCAAGAACACAUACACUAAUACAUAUACAAAAAGGGACACAGAUAUACUCGUAUACGUAUGCAUUAUGUACACUUACACAGGCACAACUAAUAAUUGCGGAUCACCGGGGAAUCCCUGUUGUGUCUUCUGGUGAUCACUUGUCUUUUACUUAUAAGAGUCGUCUGAAAAUAUACAGGCGGGAUAUUCAAAGCGUGCGUAACUAGAGACAACAUUCCAUAGUGUAAUUAGAGCAAGAUAAUUUCAUAAGGGUACCCUUCUUACUAUGCUAUCGUGUUCGUUGUUUUCUUUUUUUUCUUUUUAUCUUUUCAGUUCUUUUUCUUUUCUUUUACUUAGCUUUCCGUUACAUUCGUGCUGCUUGCGUCGGGUUGCACGUUAAUUAUUGUUAAGGGACAAUUGUGCGAAUAUGUACGAUUAUGUACGUCGAGAAUACAAAUAUAAUGAAUAAUUUAUUAAGAAUCUUGUUGAUCGUUCCAUCCUAACAACGCAUUGUUGUCUGUGUAAAUAUAUACAUAUAUAUAUAUAUAUAUAUUAAAGUGA